UGCGAUGGCUUGGCUUGGCAGGUUUGGUCCAGGGGUAGAGGAGAUGGUCAUGUGAUCGCCUCUCAGUCACGUGAUUUGCAAGAUGGCAGCCUCCCUGCAGCCUGAUGAUCUCCCAGAGCCGGAAGAAGCCAAUGACUCGGAUUUGAGGAGUGUGCUGGUCACCAGUGUCCUAAAUCUAGAGCAAUUGGACAAAGACCUGUUCAGGGGAUCUCAUCACUGGAUACCAGCCACACAGAGAUUAUUUGGUGGUCAGAUAGUGGGUCAAGCUUUAGUGGCAGCAGCUAGAUCUGUGAAUGAAGAUGAGCAUGUCCACUCCUUACAUUGCUACUUCGUACGAGCAGGUGACCCUAAAGUUCCAGUAUUGUACCAAGUGGAAAGGACUCGUGAUGGCCGCAGUUUCAGUGUGCGUUCUGUGAAGGCUGUUCAACAUGGCGUGCCAAUCCUGACAUGCCAGGCUUCAUUCCAGUGUUCCCAGGAGAGUCCACUCAAGCAUCAGUUCACAAUGCCCACGGUGCCCCCACCAGAGGAACUGCUUACUAGAGAGCAGCUUAUACAAAAGUACUUACGGGAUCCCUCUCUGGUGGAAAAGCACAGAAUGGGCUUAAACAAGAUCCUGGCACAGGAGGUUCCAAUCCUGAUUAAACCUAUUAACCCACCAGAUAUGUUCCAUCGUUCACCACAGGAACCACGCCAAAUGUUCUGGGUACGAGCUAAGGGAUUGAUUGGCCCAGGUGACAUGAGGUUGCACUGCUGUGUAGCUGCCUAUAUUUCGGACUAUUCCUUCCUGGGUACCGCUCUGCUUCCUCACCUGAAGCUCCGCAUGCGUUUUAUGGCAUCGCUUGAUCAUUCAAUGUGGUUUCAUGCACCAUUCAGGGCUGACGAAUGGAUGCUCUAUGAGUGUGAAAGCCACUGGGCUGGGAACUGCCGUGGGCUGGUACAUGGUCGUUUAUGGCGAAGGGAUGGUGUUCUGGCUGUGACAUGUGCACAGGAAGGUGUGUUCCGUGUGAGGCAAAAUGAACCCAGCAGCAAGUUGUGAUCAGAAGUGGCAUUAACCUACCAACAAAAUCUCAGCAACCAGAAUCAUUAAAUUAUUACUUCAGAUCUGAAAAUCCAUCAUUACCGAAAUAAGCGCUGUUGAAGGUGUUCUCCAAGAGCCAAGACCUCUAUUUGUAAAUAAUUAGAAUAUUAACUAAUUAAUAAAUUGUAUUUUCAAUUGA